UGAGGCCGCCAGGCGCGUGGAAGUUCACGGCGACGCGUGUCGAGAGCAAUUGCGCAAGAAGUACUGAUUAGGAACGAGCCAGCGCACAAGCAGCACGUUCAAUCGCAUCAGUCCCGCCACGACCAGAUACAUCCGCCGCCAAGAUGGUACACCAGCACGGCGACCACCACGACAUCCCUGCUCACUACCUUCGCAGAAAGCCUGGUGGUUGGCUGCCCGCAGACCACCGCAUCCACCAUGAAUACGUCCGACGCCAGACCGAGCACGUCAAGACGCACCCCAAGGAGCCGCUGACGCCCGCCCUCGAAGCCUUCAAGGAGCUCAUCGAGAACAACACGCGGGUGUACAUGUACUUUCGGCAGAUGUUCGAGGAGAUCCCCAAGCAGCAAAUCUACCAGAUGGACGUGACCGGCAGCGCGCCGGCCAUCCGUGACUACGAGACCCUGCUACAGGUCCUCAACCGCAUCGUGGGCAAGGCGCCCGAGUGGACAGAUGCAGAGGAGGCCGUCGGCGUUGUGGGAGUGCCCAUGUGCGCCCUGUUCGACUACCCCAUGGGCACGCCCAGCGGCUACGCCGCAUUCCUGGACCCGGACGUCAACAAGGCGCUGAGGCGGGUGCUCAACGAAUGGGGCAAGUUCCUGCAGACGCCCGCCUCGGCCGAGGUCCUCAAGGCCGGCCCCGGUGGGUGGUUUGGCCAGACCGGACUCAGCGAUCUCAUGGAGGUGGCCAACAAGCCGCUCGGCACGUCGCACAAGUUCGAGGACAUGUACCAGUGCGACCCCACGGCCAAGCACUACGGCUUCAAGAGCUGGGACGACUUCUUCACGCGCCAGCUGCAGCCGGACGCGCGCCCCGUGGCCUCGCCCGAGGACGAUUCAGUGGUGGCCAACGCGUGCGAGAGCAAGGUCUUCAACAUCUCCUACAAGGCGCAGCUGCGGGACCGCUUCUACGCCAAGGGCCAGCCGUACUCCCUGCUGGACAUGCUGGCGCACGACCCGCUGACGGAACAAUUUGCCGACGCCACGGUGUACCAGGCCUUUCUGAAUGCACUGAGCUACCACCGCUGGCACGCGCCCGUCUCGGGCACCAUCAAGCGGGCCUUUGUGCAGGAGGGUACAUACUUCUCCGAGCCGCUGUUUGAGGGUGUCGGCGCACCGGGCAACGACAAGAUUGACAAGCGCGGCAUCGGCCUCGCGCAGGGGUAUCUGUCCAGCAUGGCGACGCGGGCUGUCAUCUUCAUCGAGGCGGACAACAAGGACAUUGGGCUCAUGGCGGGUGUCUUUAUCGGCAUGGACGAGGUGAGCACGUGUGACAUUACGGUCAAGGAGGGCCAGCAUAUUAAGAAGGGCGAUGAGCUGGGCAUGUUCCACUUUGGCGGUAGUUCGCACUGUCUCGUGUUUAGGAGUGGUGUCGAGCUGGAGGACUUUCCCAACCUGGGACGGGAGGAGAAUGUGCCUGUCCGGGGGAAGCUGGCCGUGGCGAAGGCGAAGGCAAAGGCGUGAGAAAUAGGGACUUCAAUAAUUUAAUGUGCUUGAUACAUUCCUAUUCAUUCAUUGGACCGGUCCGCGCCGACUCUAGUGCUGACUGCCAUGCAGGGACGGACUUGAGCCCCCUGCUCAUACUACUUAUAUAAUCACUCCCAGCCCUCGCACUCACUGCUUCGCGUCCUGCUUCAUGCCAGCCUGCACCCACUUCUGA